GGGCAGUCAGGAGUGCUGUGAAAAGAGCUGCAAAUUCAAAUAUUGAUGAUGAUGAAAAGCUGGAGGUCAAAGCGGUGCUGAAAGAAACCAUAGGCAAAUUUUGGUGGAAUUGUAACCAAGCAAGCCCCAUUUUGAUUGAAGGAAGACCGACGUCU